AUGCGGCCAUGGACUGGCUCCUGGCGUUGGAUUAUGCUCAUUCUCUUUGCCUGGGGAACUUUGCUCUUUUACAUUGGUGGGCACCUGGUACGAGACAGUGAGCACCCGGAUCACUCCAGUCGGGAGCUGUCCAAGAUCCUGGCGAAACUGGAGCGCCUAAAGCAGCAAAAUGAGGACCUAAGGCGAAUGGCAGAAUCUCUCAGGAUACCAGAUGGUCCUGUGGAGCAGGGACCAGCAGCAGGAAAGGUACAUGCUUUGGAGGAGCAGCUUCUCAAGGCCAAAGAGCAGAUCGAGAACUAUAAGAAGAGGACAGGAGAUGGCCUUGGGAAAGACCAUGAAAUACUAAGGAGGAGGAUUGAAAAUGGGGCUAAGGAACUUUGGUUUUUCCUCCAGAGUGAACUGAAGAAGUUGAAAAAUCUAGAAGGAAGUGAAUUGCAAAGGCGAAUUGAUGAAUUUCUGUCUGAUUUGGGUCAUCAGGAAAGGUCAAUAAUGACUGACUUGUACUACCUCGGUCAAACGGACGGAGCGGGAGAUUGGCGGGAAAAAGAGGCCAAAGAUCUGACAGACUUGGUGCAGAGGAGAAUAACUUAUUUACAGAACCCCAAGGACUGCAGCAAGGCUAAGAAGCUCGUGUGCAAUAUCAACAAAGGCUGUGGCUAUGGCUGCCAACUUCAUCACGUAGUCUACUGCUUCAUGAUCGCGUACGGCACGCAGCGCACGCUGGUCCUGGAGUCGCAGAACUGGCGCUACGCCACGGGCGGCUGGGAGACCGUCUUCAGGCCCGUGAGCGAGACCUGCACCGACCGCUCCGGGGCCACCACUGGCCACUGGUCAGGUGAGGCUAACGAUAAAGACGUUCAGGUGGUGGAACUGCCCAUUGUCGACAUUCCGUACCUACCCCUGGCCGUCCCCGAGGACUUGGCCGACAGACUCAUUCGCGUGCACGGGGACCCUGCAGUGUGGUGGGUCUCACAGUUUGUGAAAUACUUGAUUCGCCCACAGCCUUGGCUAGAAAAGGAAAUAGAGGAAGCCACAAGGAAACUUGGUUUCAAGCAUCCAGUGAUUGGCGUUCACGUCCGAAGGACAGACAAGGUGGGGACAGAGGCAGCAUUUCAUCCCAUUGAGGAGUACAUGGUGCACGUGGAAGAGAGGUUUGAACUUCUCGCUCGCAGGAUGCACGUGGACAAGAAACGAGUGUAUUUGGCCACAGAUGACCCUUCAUUGCUGCAAGAAGCAAAGUCCAAGUACCCAAAUUAUGAGUUCAUCAGUGAUAACUCCAUUUCCUGGUCCGCAGGACUUCACAACCGAUACACCGAGAACUCCCUCCGGGGUGUCAUCCUGGACAUUCACUUCUUGUCCCAGGCAGACUUCCUGGUCUGCACCUUUUCCUCCCAGGUCUGUCGAGUUGCCUAUGAAAUCAUGCAGACGUUGCAUCCAGAUGCUUCAGCGUAUUUCCAUUCUUUGGAUGAUAUCUAUUACUUUGGGGGACAGAACGCUCACAACCAGAUUGCUAUUUAUGCUCAUCAUCCACGAACUGCUGAUGAAAUUCCUAUGGAACCUGGAGAUAUAAUUGGAGUAGCUGGAAACCACUGGGAUGGUUAUUCAAAGGGCAUCAAUAGGAAAUUGGGAAGAACAGGCCUGUACCCUUCCUACAAAGUUAAGGAGAAAAUUGAGACAGUCAAGUAUCCAACAUACCCAGAGGCUGACAAGUAGGUUAAAGGAAGAC